CCUCCUCUCCCUCCCUCUCUUCCUCCUUUAUCCCCUCCUCCUCUCCUUCCCUCUCUUCCUCCUUUGUCCACUCCUCCUCUCCCUCUCUCUCCUUCCCUAUAGCUGCAGGAGGUGCAGGGUUGCAGGAGGGCUUGUGUCUGACCCUGGACUCCUUUCCCAGCCCCCUCUCCGCUCCCUCUUCCUCCGCUAGCUCCACCCUCACUGCCCUGUCCCAGAAGGUCAACCUGCGAGGUCAGGGUUCUAAGGUCACCGGGUCAGAGGUGACAGGCUCAGGCCAGCAGCGCUCUACCUCGCCCUACUCCUUCCUCUCCUUCCACUCCCCCGAUCCUCAGUCUCAACUCACAGAACAGAGCUCCUCCAGGGUAGUGGAGAACCAGAGGGGGCCAGAGCCUAGCCUCAUGGAGGAGAACCAAACCCGGGCAGAGAACCAGGGCUCAGCCCCUCCUCAGCCCCAGGUGGAGAUGCCCAGCCUGCAUCCAUUACUGAUCACCAACCCCCUGGGAGAGAUCAACCCAGGAGGACCAGCAGGUGUAUUCCAGUGUUCAGUGUGCGGUCUGCGGAUGAAGAGGAAGAGCUAUUGGAGGAGACACAUGUCGGUUCACACAGGGAUAAAGAGUCAACAGUGUCAGCUCUGUCCCUUCCGCUGCGCACGCAAGGACAACCUGACCGCGCACAUGAAGGUUCACAGGCAGCAGGAGAAAGGGGAAGAGUUUCAGUGUGACCUUUGCCCUUUCACCUCACUCCGCCUCUUCAGCCUGAAGCUGCACAUGAGACGCCACCAGAGAACUAACCCCGGAGACACACACACUCCCACACAGGACACAAACGCACUCACACAGGAAACACACACGGAGAGAGACCGUGAGGGGAAGGAGGAAAGAGAGACAGAGGAGGAGAGGGAGAAGGAGGGAGAGAUGAAGAACGAGGAAGAUAGAGAGGGAAAGAGCCAUUCCCCUGAGCAGGCCGUGUUGAAGCCUGGGUGUAGAGUACAGCUCUCCCCCAGACCCCUCGACACUGCUCUCUGCUACUCCUCCAGUCAAACUCCUCUGUACCCUGCCACUGUGAAGCAAGAAGCCCUGGAGGUAGAGAGGGAGGGAGAGUGGCAGGGCGAGAGGGAGGGAAAGGGGCAGGGCGAGAGGGAGGGAGAGAGGGAGAGAGAGGGGCAGGGCGAGAGGGAGGGAGAGGGGCAGGGCGAGAGAGAGGCAGAGAGGCAGGGUGAGAGAGCGGGAGAAAGGGAGGGAGAGAGAGAAAAGGGGAGAGAUAAAGAAGUCCGUGUGAAAGAGGAGCCUCAAGAGAGGGAGUUCUCAACCCCUCUCCUCUCUCACCAUCUAACCCCCCUCCACCCCUCUCUCACCCUCAAGAGGAACAGGCGCAAGGCCAAUACCCCCCCUGACUCCCCCUCUCCACCCCAACGCAGAACACACACACCAAACACACACAUACCCAGCCCCCUCACACACACACACACACCCCUCACACACAUCCCCAUUAUGAUUCCCAUGGCGACCUCGCUCUUCAGCCCUGACAUCAACACUAAGACCGCCUCCGACCUGCUCAUCAAACUCUCAGCAGCCACCCAGCAGGCCGGGGUAGAGCCGGGGGCUGUGGUGAAGCAGGAGCCCCAGGAGGAGGACCUGAGCCCUGGGCAGCAGCAGCAGGCAGGUGAGCCUGGUCUGGCUCUCUCUCCAGACGGGCCUGGGGCUAGUCCUGAGCCCCCCACCUCCCACCUCACCCGACCAGAGGAGGAGAGAGAGAGAGGCCUGCUGGAGCAAGACAUCAGUGUCACUUUGGCUUCUGAACUGCUCAGGAGACUGUCUGAGAAGCAGGAAGUGGUGGUCCAGGGUUUAAAGGUGAAAGAGGAGGAGGAGCCUAUGGAGAUUGACCCCCUGACCCCCAGCGUGACACCUGCCCCUAUCCUGCCCCCAGGGGAGCGAGUGGGGGGGAGGGGUGAGAAGACACCCCCUCCACCUCUCCUUCCUAAAGAAGACCAGGAUCUGUUCCAGAGAGAUCUCUUCUCCCAGGACAUCUCAGUCAAAAUGGCCUCUGCUCUCCUUUACCAACUGUCAGAAAAAGUCUGCAAAGCCAACGAGCUGAAAGAAAACGGAUCCUUCUCUAGUCCUGUGGCGGAGAAGCCCUUUACCCGCCCGAACCAGCGGGACCUUACUCAACCCUCCCCAGACAAACCACAGCACGUCAGUAGGUAUAGAUGUCCAGUGUGCUCGUACCAAGCCCAGUGUCAGAGGAGUCUCAACCAUCACCUGGCUUCACACACUUCUAAGACACACACCACUGGCUUCAACUACUACUACAGGUGUCAUGUGUGCGGGUUCGAGCUGGAGGGGUGGAGCCUGUUCCUUGGUCACAUGACGGAGCACAGCGAAUGGGAGCGUGAUGCGUUCACUCUCCGCUGCAGUGUGUGUGAUCACUCCACCAGUGAGGAGCGGGCCAUGAGGGCUCACGCCAGCUCUCACACACUUGGAGAGGCAGCGAGCCAAGACUACCUACAGACACACCUGUUGGGAGGCCACACCCCCAAAGACUUACCUGAUGGAAGAGACAGCCCACAAUCUGGAGAACUCAGGUGCCCUCUCUGUUCGUUCUCCACCAGUCGGCCUGUCUCCAUGGUAACACACAUGCGCUCGUCGCACUCAACGACGGAUCAGCACCGUUGCCGCAUCUGCCAAAGGUCGUUUUCACGGCAACCGGAGCUCCAGGCCCACGUCAGGUGUCAUCGUCAGGGCAACCAGUACCGCUGCGAGAGGUGUGGCCACCUGGCCCGAACAGCCAAUAAGCUGAUAGAACACGUGCGUGUGCACACGGGGGAGCGACCUUUCACCUGCGACCUCUGCCCUUACAGCGCCAAACGCAGAGACAGCCUCCGUCUGCACUGCCGACUCAAACACCCCGAACACACACCCUCACACGGACACACACACACACCCUCACACGGACACACACACACACCCUCACACGGACACACACACACACCCUCACACGGACACACACACACACCCUCACACGGACACACACACACACCCUCCUGGUUUAGGGGGUCAGACCUUUUUCUCGUCCCCCUCACCACCCUGCUCUCCCUCAGACCCCUCUCUAGCCCCAGACCCUCCUCUCCCUCCCGCUCUUCCUCUCCUUCACCCAAACUCUCUUUCCUAGCCUACCUAGGUCUGACAGAGCCAACCUAAUCAACCUCCCUCCUCCUCUACCCCUCUUCUCCUCUCUACCUGCCUCCUCCUCUACCCCUUUUCUCCUCUUCAUCUCUACCUCUCUUCUCCUCCCUCCUCUACCCCUUUUCUCCUCUUCUUCUCUACCUCUCUUCUCCUCCCUCCUCUACCCCUUUUCUCCUCUUCUUCUCUACCUCUCUUCUCCUCCCUCCUCUACCCCUUUUCUCCUCUUCAUCUCUACCUCUCUUCUCCUCCCUCCUCUACCCCUUUUCUCCUCUUCAUCUCUACCUCUCUUCUCCUCCCUCCUCUACCCCUCUUCUCCUCUCUACCUGCCUCCUCCUCUACCCCCUUUCUCCUCUUCAUCUCUACCUCCCUUCUCCUCCCUCCUCUACCUCUCUUCUCCUCCUCCUCCUCUCCCAACAGUCACACAGGGCUAAUGUAAUAUGUCCUCAGGACGAUAAAGACUGAACUAAAUGCAGGAUGUCAAAACUAAAACAACAAGGUCUAAUAUUGUGUGUGUAUAUAUAUAUAUACACUAUUACUGAACAUAGUCAAUAAGGCUGUGCACCCCUGCACUAGAGUUAUAUAUUACAACUUCCUCUAUGCUUCGCAAACUUUAUAGUGCACUACUUUUAGCUAAGGCUCAUAGGGCGCUGGUCCAAAGUAGUGCACUACAUAGGGAAUAGGGCGCCAUUUUGGGACGUAUCCUUUUAUUACAUGUAUAAAUGUCUGCCUUGUACGUUGGUAUAUCCAAACUCUACUGGCUCUUGAUUGGCUUAUAGAUUAUGUUGUUUUUAUGUAUAAUGACACCGUAGACUAGAAUAUACUAUAAUAUAUAUGAAUAUACUUCUUCAUUCUUCUUUUGGCAUCCGGGUCAGAAUGUUUGGUUUGUCUAAAUGUUUUUUUUAUACAGUAUUUCAUUAUCCUUAUAUAAAAAAGGCUAAACAGGGUUUGCUGUUUGGAAUAAGGCUACAGUUUGUCAGCCAGCUCUCAAUGUCUACAAAUAAUGUAUCAUUAAAAAUAAAUACAAAAUAAAACGUUUUGUUUAAUUGCA